AUGGCUCGAACAUGUCUUGCUCUCUUCAUAAUACUGGUUCUAUUUACAUGUUCCUCAAAUGGUCGGAAACUGUUAAACACGCGGGAAGCAUCUCCGGUGGAAAUGAGUUUAUACUUAACUGCUCUUCCAAAGGGAACUGUGCCGGCUUCUACUCCGAGCAAAAAGGGUCAUGCAUCAACAACCGACGAGAAGCUCAUCACCCGCCACCUCAUUGCCAUCGACCGGAUCCUCCGCUCCGUCCCAAGCCCAGGCAACCCUAACGAACAACCAAACCCAUCGCCGUCGGAAACCACUGCCAAGCCGCCACCACCAGCCGGGAACCUCAGCAAAGCGGCCUACCAUGCCUCACCACCUUUAUACUUUGCCAAAUCCUCUUUAAAGCCUACAUCGAGCAGUCACAAAGCAUCGAUUUACACUCUUGGGCCACCCUAG